UUGUAGCUUUUCGUAGUUCUUCAGCAAUUUUUGCAGACGUUAAAGGAUGUCUAAUUUAAUGGGUAAGGCCACGGCCCUUCUCAAUAAGUUCAAGGCUCAGGCUCGUCCACAAUUUGAUGAGUUCAUGCGAUAUGCCAAGGUGGAGUUGACGCCACCAACUCCAGCUGAUUUCCAGCAUUUGCGCAAGACGGCAAAGAAGGCCAAGAAGGAUGUAAAGGGUACACGCAGUCGUCUUGGCAGAGUAACUGUCGCCGAGGCUUGGCUGAAUACACUGGUCACCAUCGAAGUGAUCACCUGGUUCUUUAUGGGCGAGGUUAUUGGACGCCGUCACUUUGUUGGCUACAAAGUCUAAAGCCGAAAUAUGCAGAUGGACAAAUCCUGUCGUGUGUUAUGUGUUCUCUGAGUUACAUAUAAAUAAAUAAAAACAGCAGCAGCAAUUAUUCGCGGAUCAUAAGUUCAA